AUGAUUUUGAUCGAUAUUUAUGAUAUGAUGAGUUGGUGGACACUUGUUAUUGCAAUACAAGUUAUACUUGGUUCAACAUACUUUUUAUGGACAAGAAGAAGUAAAAAAUAUCAGGAUCCGCUUAUGACUGACCAGCCUAUUGAAUGGAAUCCAGUGCCAUUGGUUGAGUAUGAUGUAGAUGUUGAGGAGCCUCCACUUAUGGGCAAAAUAGAUGAAAAUGUUCUUAAUGUUGGUGCUACAAGUUUUCUAUGUUUUGAUAAGGAAGAAUCUAUUAUAGAAAGUGCUAUUGGCUCACUUCAUAAGUAUGGAGUUGGCUCUUGCGGUCCACGAGGCUUCUAUGGUACCAUAGAUGUGCAUUUAGAAUUGGAGGAACGUUUAGCCAAAUUUUUGGAAGUUGAAGAGACCUGUGUUUACUCAUAUGGAUUUUCCACAAUUGCAAGUGCAAUACCAGCAUAUUCUAAAAAGGGUGACAUCAUUUUUGCCGAUGAAGCAGUUUGGUUUGCAAUCCAAAAAGGAAUCGAUGCAUCCCGCAGCACUGUUCGUUAUUUCAAGCACAAUGAUGCUAAAGACCUGGAGCGGCUCUUAACUGAAGCAGCACAGAAAAGAGAAUUAAAUCCGAAGAGGCGAGCGUUCUUGGUUGUAGAAGCCAUAUACUACAAUACCGGUGAAAUGUGCCCGCUGAAGCAACUUGUGGAAUUAGCUAGGAGAUUUAAGUUAAGAAUUAUUUUGGAUGAGAGCUUAUCUAUUGGGGUGCUUGGCAAACAUGGGCGCGGUAUAACUGAGCACCUUAAAAUCCCGAGGGAUGAAAUCGAUCUAAUCGUCGGCUCACUGGAGCACUCGUUCGCGACUAUCGGAGGCUUCUGUGCUGGCACACAUUUCAUUGUUGAACAUCAAAGGCUGUCUGGUCUUGGUUAUUGUUUCAGUGCAUCCUUACCGCCGAUGUUGACGCAGGCUGCAAUAUCAGCGCUCGACAUCCUGGAGCAGAAACCAGAAAUACUCAAGGAAUUGGACGAUAACUCUAGAAAGCUAAAUAAAGCUUUGUCGCAACUAAGACAUUUCACAUUCCGUGGGGAUGAGGUUUCACCCGUAAAGCAUAUUUACUUGAAGAGACCAGACCUCACGGACCGUAACAAACACUCGUACCUAAAACAUAUCGCCAACUACUGCAUGAAAGAAGGGGUCGCUUUUUCAGUUGCAACGUAUUUAAGGGAUGCUGAAAUCAACUGUCCGGAACCUUCCAUUCGAUUGGCAUCUAGCAGGAAGUUGAACGAUGAGAAUAUAUCAAUGAUUUGCACAUUAUUAGACCAGGCGUAUGAAAAUGUAACACCUGAGUUAGAUACACGAUAG